AUGGGCUUCAAACCAUUUCUUGAAGGUGGCAUCGCCGCAAUCAUCGCCGGAGCUCUGACUCACCCAUUAGACCUCAUCAAAGUCCGUAUGCAGCUACAAGGAGAACACUCUUUUUCUGAUACCGACGACCAAAACCCUAAUCUUAGUCUUAGUCUUAAUCCUCCCGUUAAACCUUAUCGACCCGUUUUCGGUCUUGACUCUCUCAUCGGAAGCAUUUCUCUACUGCCUUCAUCAACUCACGCGCCGUCUUCUUCCACGCGCUCCGAGUCGACUCCUUUCGCCGUUGGGGCCUACAUUGUGAAAACGGAAGGACCAGCCGCACUCUUCUCCGGCGUCUCUGCCACCGUCCUCCGUCAGAUGCUUUACUCGGCCACGCGUAUGGGUAUUUACGAUUUUCUUAAGCGGAGGUGGACGGAUCGACUCACCGGUAACUUCCCAUUGGUCACCAAGAUCGCAGCUGGACUCAUCGCCGGAGCCAUCGGAUCCGCCGUCGGAAAUCCUGCUGACGUGGCAAUGGUUCGAAUGCAAGCCGAUGGACGUUUGCCGUUAAAUCGCCGUAGAAACUACAAAAGCGUCAUGGACGCUCUCGACCGGAUCGUAAAACAAGAAGGCGUCUCAAGCUUAUGGCGUGGCUCGUGGCUAACCGUGAACCGAGCUAUGAUCGUGACGGCUUCACAGCUCGCAACUUACGACCACGUCAAAGAAAUCAUGGUCGCCGGAGGCCGUGGAACGCCGGGAGGAAUCGGAACUCACGUGGCGGCGAGUUUUGCGGCCGGGAUUGUUGCGGCGGUGGCUUCGAAUCCGAUUGAUGUAGUGAAGACGAGGAUGAUGAAUGGAGAUGCGGAGAGUUACGGUGGACCGUUGGAUUGUGCGGUGAAGACGGUGACGGAGGAAGGACCGAUGGCUUUGUAUAAAGGAUUUGUUCCGACCGUAACGAGACAAGGACCGUUCACGAUGAUCUUGUUCGUUACGUUGGAACAAGUUAGGGGUAUGUUAAAAGACGUUAAAUUUUGA